CCGUGCCUGAGUCGCUCUCAUGCCUCAGCUGACGGUGGUCCACGCCGCGGGUCAGAGGACAGCCGGACGAGGAGGCCGUCAAUGGAUGGAGGAGGUCAGGGAGGACGGGGGGGCUGCAGAGAGGAGAGCUGAUCUGCAGAGAUCAAAUCCACCACCAGUUGAUGCUCAGCCUCGUCCCACAUCCUGGUCCCAGUUUGAGAGGACUCUGCGACCUUGGAGAAGCUACUGGUACUUUGCCCCAGUGGGUGUAGUGUGGUUAGUCUGCCAAGUGGAGGCGCCGCCAGAUGUGUGCUGGAGGCUGCUGCUGCUGUGUUUCCUGUGGACGGUGCUGGGAGGCUGUGUCCAGGCCCUGAGGUGGCGCCUGCAGCCAGGACACGACCAGGGGGAGCCACCGCAGAGGGAACAGCCGGAGGAGGUGACGGAAAACAGAAUUAUCCAGUGUUCAUGGGCGUCCCCGUCCCGGAGCCCAGGCCUCCACGUCCCUCUGGCCCUCGCCCUGGUCAACAGUCUGCUGCUGUGUGUCCUCCAGGAGCCGCUCCCCGACCCCAGUGUCCCUCACAUCCAGGCCCUGCUCUCCAGGCUGCAGUCAGUGUCUCUGGCCCUUGAGGAGGCUGAUCCUGGGUCAGAGGUGACACUGGACGAGGUGGACGGAGGCUCCACGCUGAAACACACAGUGAAGCUCCUCUGCACCUACCUACAGCAGAGGAUGAGGUCACUGAGUACUCUCGUCCAGGUGCAGGGGGACUUCGAGGCCGGCGUGAAGUACAUGCUGGAGGGUCUGGACGGCCUCUGGGCUCAGCUGGAGGAGCUGCACACCGGGGUCACACUCACCAAGGAGGGGGGUGAAGACCAGGGAGACGUGGCCCUGGCUCGGACACACACAGAGAAUUUGUUUUCAGUCCUGAGUCACUACAGGAGCAGACUUCAGAUCUGCCAGACUCAUCUGAGGGACGGCACGCUGCAGCUGCAGGAGUUGACGUGGAGUCACACUCACAUCAGCCACAGGGUGAGCAGCAGCAGUGAGUCCGUCUGGCCCGAGCUGCUGCUGCAGUCCAACAUCGAGCAGUUUGACAAGGUGCAGGAGAGUUUCUUCUCCUUGGAACAACAGACCUCCACGUUCACGGCCCACCUGGAGGGGCUCAGGAAGGCGAAUCAGGAAGGACAUGCGAGGCCCCUGGCUGGUGCCAACGGGGCCGGUUCACGUGCAGCCUCACCACAGGCCUCUCCACAGGCCUCUCCACUUCUGGAACACACAAGUGAUUCAUCACUGGAGCCUUGUUCCACCUCUGUCUCCUCGAUGGAAACAGACCUGGAAGACUAUGCUCCUCUCUCCCUGUGCGAGAGGUCGACUCUGCAGUUCUCCUCCACUAUCGGACGCCUGCGUAAAUCUGGAAAGAGGAAAUGAUUUGUUUGUUUUCUUAUCUAAAUGUGGUUGUAUGUGUUAAACAAAAAGGCUCUUCAUUGUCAAAUGUUGAUCGUUUGCUGGUUUCCUCAAAAAUAUCUAUUUAUUGC